GCCGCCCCGGUGCCGCCAUGGCGUUCCCGAAGCCGCGGCCGGCCCGGGCCGAGCUGCCCCGGCAGCGGGUGCAGAGCCUGCAGUGCGGGCAGGGAGCCGUGCGGGCCGCCCGCUUCAACGCGGACGGCAAUUACUGCCUGACGUGCGGCAGCGACAAGACGCUGAAGCUCUGGAACCCGCACAAGGGCACGGCCCUGCGCACCUACCAAGGCCACGGCUACGAGGUGCUGGACGCCGCGGGCUCCUUUGACAACAGCCAGAUCUGCUCCGGCGGCGCCGACAAAGCCGUGGCGCUCUGGGACGUCACCACCGGGCAGGUGGUCCGCAAGUACCGGGGACACGCCGGGAAGGUGAACUGCGUCCAGUUCAACGAGGAGUCCACCAUCAUUGUGUCCGGCUCCAUCGACUCCUCGGUGCGCUGCUGGGACUGCCGCUCCCGCCGCCCCGACCCCGUGCAGGUGCUGGACGAGGCCAAGGACGGCAUCUCCAGCGUGAAGCUCUCAGCCCACGAGAUCCUGACGGGCUCGGUGGACGGGCGGGUCCGGCGUUACGACCUCCGCGCGGGGCAGCUCUGCUCCGACUACCUGGGCAGCCCCGUCACCAGCGUGUGCUUCAGCAAGGACGGGCAGUGCGUGCUGGCCGCCAGCCUGGACUCCACGCUGCGGCUGCUGGACAAGGACACCGGGGAGCUGCUGGGCGAGUACACGGGCCACCGCAGCACCACGUACAGGCUGGACUGCGUCCUCAACGAGCUGGACACGCACGUGGGCUGCGCCUCCGAGGACGGCCGCGUUUACUUCUGGGACCUGCUGGAGGGCUCGCUGGCGCUCAGCCUGCCCGUGGGCCGCGCCUGCCGGAGGCGGCACAAGGAAUAA